AUGAGUACUACGGAAAAGGAUCACAACCGAAAGCCCAGCAGUUUGCGGUCUAUCAUUGCGGGCUCAACUGCAGGUGCCAUUGAAAUCGCAAUCACUUAUCCGGCUGAAUUUGCCAAAACCCGGUCGCAACUCAAUCGCAGACUACCGGACGGAAAAAAGCUGCCAUGGCCCCCGUUUGGAAAGCAGUGGUACGCCGGCUGCACAACUCUGAUUAUAGGAAAUUCGCUCAAGGCAGGCAUUCGGUUCGUCGCUUUCGACAGAUUCAAGUCACUUCUUCAGGAUGAGAAUGGCAAGAUUUCGGGUCCAAGAACGGUAAUUGCUGGCUUUGGAGCUGGCUUCACUGAAUCUCUUUUAGCAGUGACACCAUUCGAGAGUAUUAAAACGCAAUUGAUUGACGAUCGCAAAUCCGCAAACCCUCGUAUGCGGGGAUUCUUGCAUGGCAGUAAACUGAUAUUCCAGGAGCGAGGUAUUCGAGGUUUUUUUCAGGGUUUUGUUCCUACAACUGCAAGGCAAGCCGCCAACUCCGCGACCAGAUUCUCGAGUUAUACUAUGUUAAAGCAACUAGCUGAAAGCUAUGUCGCACCUGGAGAAAAGCUGGGAACUGCAAGCACCUUCGCAAUCGGCGGUAUGGCAGGCUUCAUAACAGUAUAUGUCACACAACCUCUUGAUACUGUGAAAACCAGAAUGCAAUCACUAGAAGCUUCUAAGAACUAUAAGAAUAGCUUUGUCUGUGCAGCAAGGAUAUUCAAAGAUGAGGGGUUAUUUACAUUCUGGUCUGGAGCUGUUCCGCGACUUGCCAGAUUGAUCUUGAGCGGAGGCAUAGUGUUCACAAUGUACGAGAAGACGAUGGACGCCCUGGAUUCUCUAGACCCAAAGAGACAAUAUAUCUGA